CUCAAGGGCCAUACGGCCAUGGUUGGCGCUGUGACAUUCUCCCAGCACGGAAACCUCAUCGCUUCUGGCUCACACGAUACCAGCAUUCGUCUUUGGGAUGCCACUACUGGCAGAGAGCGGGUGACAUUACAAGGGGAAAAAAUCCCAGUUCUGUCACUCGCAUUUUCGAACGCCAAGGAAGACCUGAUGCUUGCAUCUGGUUCGUCCAAUAACACUAUCUGCCUCUGGCGCGUACAGACAGCGACCACAAUCCUAACCUUCGAGGGACACGAAGAUGGCGUCGUGGCGCUCGCUUUCGCUCCCAAUGACGGUCACAUCGUCUCGGGCUCCUUCGACAAGACGAUCAGAGUCUGGAGUACGAAAACUGGCAAAGCCAUUGGCGAACCCUUAAUCGGUCACACCGAUACCGUCUCCUCUGUCGGUUUUUCUUACGAUGCCAAGUGGAUCAUCUCCGGCUCAUUUGACCGCACAAUCCGGAUCUGGGAAGGCCAAACCUCUGAGGAGAAGCAAUUCGUCGAAAUAUACAAAUUCGAGCCCAAUCAUGGUGACUGGAUAGGCUCUGCAGCACUCCUCCCUGGAGGAGAAUACAUCGUCUCCGCAUCUCUCAACGGUACCUACCAGUCCCGGAACAUAGAAAAAAAAGUGAUAGAAAGAAAACCGUUCUUGGGUCAUUCGGCGGCCUCGCGCUGUGCUCGAUUCUCACCUGACGGAAAGUGUAUCGUCUCCUGUUCAGACGACGGGACGAUUCGCUUUUGGGACACGGAGACCGCGCUUCCAUUGUUCAAGCCCCAAUGGCACAAAGGCAAUGUUUACCACGUUGAAUACCUUCCAGACGGCAAGAAACUCUUCUCCGCGGGUGCCGACUGGACCGUCCAGCUCUGGAACGCGCAGGACGGAACUAUGGACGGCGAAGCCUUCCGCGGGCAUAGUACUGUUGUCCGUGCAGUCGCUCAUUCUCCUGAAACGAAUCAGCUUGCCUCUGGCUCUGAUGACGGAACCAUCCGUGUCUGGAACCUAGACAUUAGUGAUGGAGGGGACAGAUUGGCAUUCCCGGCAUGGGAAGAUGCUGGAACAACGCAGUCUAUCGACUUCUCUCUGGACGGGGACCAUAUCGUCUCGGGUUUAGAGGACGGACGGGUGCGGCUUUGGAGCACGGUAAAAAGAGCUGCCGUACAUGAAUGGAAAGGUACAGAGGGGCGAGUGUACUCGGUGAAAUUCUGUCCCGAUGGACGAAGCAUCGUAGCAGGCGCCACAGACGGGACGAUACAUGUUUGGGACUUUAAAGGCAAUCUACGCGGAAAGUUUCGAGGUCAUUCCGGCCCUGUCUUCACCAUCUCCUUCUCACCGCGCGACUCGAACCGUCUGGUCUCCGGCUCGGCGGACCAAUCAAUCAUCAUCUGGGAUUUCGCGACGAGGGAGAAGAUUGGCGAGCCUUGGAGGGAGCAUAACGGGGCAGUGUGGUCUGUUGCAUUUUCUCCAGAUGGGAAGGAGAUAGUUUCCGCGUCAGAAGAUUCCACGAUUCGGAUAUGGGACGUCGCUUCUGGUCGUCCUGUCAGCUUCCCUCCUCCGGAUCUACCAACGACCGGACACCAACGUCUCAGUCGUAGAGACAGGCGGGAUAUCACUCUACCAGACCGUAUCGAUUGGGGUCUCCUUGGGAUCGGAGCGAAGGAUCUUGUGCGUUUGGCAACUUGGAUGAAAAGGUCGCUCGCCUCACAGCUCUGGUCGAUGGUGUUUGACCUCACGGACUAG